GCUGGAACCGCAGUGGCCGUGAAGAUGGCGUCUACCAGCCGUCUGGAUGCUCUUCCAGGAGUCACAUGUCCAAACCAUCCAGAUGCGAUCUUAGUGGAGGACUGCAGAGCUGGUGAUAUGAUCUGUCCUGAAUGUGGUCUGGUUGUAGCAACAAAAGAUCCAUCUCGAGUUGGAGAUUCUCAGAAUCCUCUUCUGAGUGAUGGAGAUUUGUCUACUAUGAAUGGCAAGGGUACAGGAGCUGCAAGUUUGGAUGAAUGUGGUAAUUCUAAGUACCAGAAUAGGAGAACCAUAAGUAGUUCUGAUCGGACAAUGAUGAACGCAUUCAAAGAAAUCACUACCAUGGCAGACAGAAUCAACCUCCCUCGAAAUAUAGUUGAUCGAACAAAUAAUCUAUUCAAGCAAGCGUAUGAACAGAAGAGCCUGAAGGGAAGGGCUAAUGAUGCCAUAGCUUCUGCUUGUCUCUAUAUUGCCUGCAGACAGGAAGGAGUUCCUAGGGCAUUUAAAGAAAUACGUGCUGUAUCACGAAUUUCUAAGAAAGAAAUUGGUCGAUGUUUUAAACUUAUUUUGAAAGCUUUAGAAACCAGUGUGGAUUUGAUUACAACUGGGGACUUCAUGUCCAGGUUUUGUUCCAACCUUUGUCUUCCUAAACAAGUACAGAUGGCAGCUACACAUAUAGCCCAUAAAGCUAUGGAGUUGGACUUGGUUCCUGGAAGGAGCCCGAUAUCUGUGGCAGCAGCCGCCAUUUACAUGGCCUCACAGGCAUCAGCUGAGAAAAGGACCCAAAAAGAAAUUGGAGAUAUUGCUGGUGUUACUGAUGUUACAAUCAGACAGUCCUACAGACUGAUCUAUCCUUGGGCCCCAGAUCUGUUUCCUACAGACUUCAAAUUUGACACCCUUGUGGACAAACUACCACAGCUAUAA